CAAAAAAAAAAAAAAAAAAGGACGAACGAGAAGAAAGAACCUUCCCCUCACCGUGUUUAUAAAAAGUUGUCCAUUGCAGUGGCGUUUUCUCUUCACCUGCGAAUCUUUUUCUUCUUCUUCUCUUCAAACCCUAAAUCGUGGCCUCGUAAAUCAACCAAAGUGAUCGAACUUCAAAAUCCUAAAAGCCAUGGCCCAAUCCCAUGGAUCCAUCCUCACUCGAUCAGUGUGGUCCUCCAAUCUGGAAUCGGAGUUCGACUUAAUCCGAUCUGUCAUCGACUCCUUCCCUCUCAUCUCGAUGGACACCGAGUUCCCCGGCGUCGUCGUGCGCCCCGAUGCUUGCGACCCCUCCUUCCGCCAUCGCCAACCCGCCGCGCACUACGCCGUGCUCAAAGCCAACGUGGAUCGCCUCCACCUGAUCCAGAUCGGCCUCACCCUCUCCGACAACGCGGGAAACCUUCCCACCCUCGGCACCUCCAACGCCUUCAUCUGGGAAUUCAACUUCAGAGAUUUCGACGUCGUGCGUGACGCCCACGCCCACGACUCUGUCGAGUUGCUGCGUCGCCAGGGCAUCGAUUUCGAGAAGAAUCGCGACUUUGGGAUCGACUCGUUCCGGUUCGCAGAACUGAUGAUGUCGUCCGGUCUGGUAUGCGACAACGCCGUUAGCUGGGUGACUUUUCACAGCGCGUACGAUUUCGGAUAUUUGGUGAAAUUGUUGACGCAUCGCGCAUUGCCAGAGGAAUUAAGAGAGUUUCUCCGUCUAGUGAGGGUGUUUUUCGGAGACAGAGUCUUUGAUGUGAAGCAUUUGAUGAGGUUUUGCUCAAACCUGCAUGGUGGAUUGAACCGAGUUUGUCAGUCGCUGAAGGUGGAGCGCGUCUUAGGGAAAAGUCAUCAGGCUGGUUCUGAUAGUUUGCUCACUCUGCACGCUUUUCAGAAUAUCAGAGAGAUUUACUUUGGCAAGGCUGAUGGGCUUGUUCAGUACGCUGGUGUCUUGUAUGGUUUGGACGUUUUCUGAGCUUUCCUAUAUGAAAUUAUAUAUUCAAUUCGGUGUAGGUUUCUUUUUUCAGCUUUAAUUGUAAAGCUUACACAUUUCUGGCUUAUCAAUAUCAUUAGGAAUUAUUAAUUCUUUGGAUUCUAUUUGCACCUGCGAAAGAUAGAGUCAAUGCAUUUGUUGACUGAGCGGGCUAAUAUAUAGAGUUAGAGGAUAAUGUUUUAAGUUCUGAACAGAGUGAAAAUUUUGCAUCUCCCACCUUGCCUAUCUACAAUUGUCAGUAAAGAGGUUUUAAUAUUUAAUAGAAAUGAUUUUUGUUCAAA